AUAGAAAUGAAAGAAUAAAACAUUAUAUGAUGAUGAGACUAAAUAAUAAUAUUGUUCCAUGUCUCCUUUCUCUCUCCUUAAUCUUCAUCUUUCCGAUCGCCGCCGUCUCCCCCACAUCCGCCGCCGCAAUAGCGAUUAUCGGGGCGGUUAUCGUCUCAUCUUUGGUGGUGAUUGCGGCGGUUAGGGCGGCGGUGGUGGUGUGGAUAACGGUUUUGGUACUGCUGGCUUUCGCCGGAAACCGGCGGCGGGCGUUGGCGGCAAGGGGGAGGAAGAUCACGGCGGAUGUGGCGGUGCAGAUGUUGAAAGUGGUGAUAAAAGAGAAAGGAAUUGUUGCUUUGGGUACUAUGUUGAGUUUAACUGCAACUGCUACAUGUCUUGCUGCCAUUGCUAUGUAAAAAUCUUUAUCUUCUUCUUCUCCGGUGGUGAGAUUGAUAAGGAACUUUAAAGGAUUAAUUAAUAUGUAUAAUAAUAUUGUAAUUAGUUUUAUCAAUUUUGUCAAUGUUAUUCAAUUCAAAUUAAAUAAAUAAUAUUAUAUAUAAUA